GGCGCAGCGUGGAUCUUGGCCUGGCCGGUCUGCUGGGGCAACAGGCACCGCGCUCCAAACAGCCUUUCGUGGUCACCUUUUUCAGGGCGAGCCCCGGCCCCGUCCGAGCCCCUCGGGCGGUGAGGCCCCUGAAGAGGAGGCUGCCGAAAAGAACCAACGAGCUGCCGCCCCCAAACAAACUGCCGGGGAUCUUCGACGACGUCCACGGCUCCCACGGCCGACAGGUGUGCCGUCGGCAUGAGCUCUAUGUCAGCUUCCGGGACCUUGGCUGGCUGGACUGGGUCAUCGCCCCCCAAGGCUACUCAGCCUAUUACUGUGAAGGGGAGUGCUCCUUCCCACUGGACUCCUGCAUGAACGCCACCAACCACGCCAUCCUGCAGUCACUGUCUGGAGGGGGAGACGGACCAGAAACAGCUCAGGCGGACAAGACACGAUCAGGGACGUUGCAGAAGCGCAGGGAGGAGAGAGGAGCAGAGGGGACCCCGGGGGCGACGCUGCAGGGGCGCAGGCAGGACCUGGCACACGUGCCGGGGGCCAGCAGG